UGUCCCAAUAGUAUCACAUGUUCAGGCAGAGCCACACUGCCGGUAGUGUUUUGACUGAACAGCAGGAGGAGAAACAGGAAGUACAGAGGAACACAGAGCUCAUAAGCACGGUACACAAAAGAUCAGUCUCUCACUUGAAGCUGCAGACUAUGGAGGGAAGUACGGCACAAGAUGAAAUUCACCAGGAAGAGAAAGUCAGAUCUGGAAGCAGUGAAGAAGGGCAGACAGAUCUGAAGCAGAGAGAGUUGAGACUGGUGCUGCUCGGCUCAGCGGGUGCUGGGAAAAGCAGUGCGGUCAGUGCCAUCCUGGGCGGCCCGACAUCUGAGUCCGACUCUACAGGCCCCGAGACACCAGCCACCGACUGUCAGAAGAGACGUGUGAUGCUGGCAGGACGACAGGUGGCUGUUGUGGACACACCUGACUGCCUGUGCAUCGAGCGUCCCGCAGAGGACGUGCACCGCCAGUUUUCGCUCUGCGCGGCAUUAUCGGCCCCGGGGCCCCAUGCUUUCCUGCUCUGUGUCCCUGUGCACCGGCCCAGCAACCUGGAGCUUCAGAUUUUGGAGACUAUUGAGAAGGUGUUUGGCCCUGAAGCGGUCAGUAAACAUGCAAUGGUGCUCUUCACUCGCAUGGACCGACUGCCUGAGGAUGUUUCUCUGGACGAGUAUCUCGAUACAGAGCGACCCGACUUGCUAGAGCUCGUGCAAAAGUGCAGGGACCGACAUCACCCGCUGCGGCCGGGAUCCAGCGUGGAGGAGCUGUUCAUGAAGGUGGAGAAGAUGGUGGAAGAAAGCGGGACACGCUUCUACACCUGCCCUCUGUUGCAGGAGGCAGAGAGGAGAGUGAAAGAGAAGGAGGAGGAGAUCUUGAGAAGCAGAAGAGAAGAAGGAAAGGAUGACUUGGAGGGAAUAAGGGCUGAAGCAGAGAAAAGUGUGGACGAUUUGGUGGUUGAGGGAAUCGCAGAGCUCUGCGUCUCCACGCCUGACACCUCGCUCUUACGCUGGUUGUGGGACAGUGUGGUUGGGUGGCUCCUGUGGCUCCCCAAUAUGGUGAGGGGCAGUGCUUUACUGGGGUCGAUCGUGGGGUUGUUCGUCGGGGGGUCCUUAGGAGGGGCCAUGGGAGCAACGGUGGGCUCUGUGGCGACGGAGGUGGGUAGACGGAAACAAAAAACCAAGUGAGGACUUGGAAAUUUGGUAACAGUUUAUUGUAAUUUUCAUUAUGUCACUAAGAAACAUCAAAAAACAGAUCAGUUGUUCUUGAACAUUCAAAUAUAUAGAAUAUAUAGAAUAUAUAGAAUAUAUAGUCAGCUACAGAAGUCAUAACAAACACUAAUGACAUGUUUUUCUAUUGAAUACAUGCUUUUCCGCAUUACAAAUUAUUAAUAGUGAUGUCAAAUGAUUACUCGUGAUUAAUCGCAUACAAAAUAAAUGUUUUUGUUUUCAUAAUAUAUGUGUGUGUUCUGUGUAUCUUUAUUAUG